AUGGCAUAUAUUUCAUCACCUAACGAUUUAUAUUACGCUUUUUCUGGACUGACUCAACGACUUGACAUGAUUCUACAAUCUAUUCGUUUGAGUAUUGAUAUUUUUCGAGAAAAUAAACAUAAUUUUAUGUUAGCUCAUUAUUUUUCAACACAUUGUAAUCGUUUACUUAUGUGUAAUAUUUGUCCAUCGAUUACACUCGUUCGAUUUCUACGAUUACGUUCAUUAACAAUGAUUGAACCAACUGAAUCACAAUUUAAUUCAAUUCAAUCCAGAUCAUUACCAAUGCUUGAAUAUCUAAGGAGUCCUGCUACAAUAAUUAUCUUUGAAUGUUUAUUUGGUAAGAAACAACAACGAUGGCAUAUUCUUUGUUCUUGUAUUACUUGCUCACGAGUGACACUCAGUCGGCUUCUAGUACUUCUUUCAUGUCUUAAAUAUUUACGUAUGAAUAUGAUUUAUAAUGAUCGUUCAAAUUGGAUUUUACCAGCAAAUGUAAAAGAACUUGUAUCCUUACGUAUUGGCUUGUUCCAGUUAAUUUAUGAUGAUAUUUCUUAUUUAAUUGGUCCUGCGUUAAUUACAUCUUUUACAUUUAGAUAUUUACGAUAA